GCCCUGCGCGGAGGGCGGCCGGGGGCAGAGGGCGGCCCCCGCGGCCGGAGGCCCCGCUGCCGGCCCUUGGACCCGGGCGCCGAGCCGAGCCGAGCCGAGCCAUGGCGGCGCCGGGGCAGAACCUGGCCGUGGUGGUGCACCGAGCCGGGGACCUGCGCCUGGAAAACCGUCCGAUCCCAGAACCGGGUCCCAAUGAGGUCCUCCUGCGGAUGCAUUCUGUUGGGAUCUGCGGAUCUGAUGUGCACUACUGGCAGCAUGGUCGAAUUGGGGAUUUUGUUGUAAAGGAUCCUAUGGUGUUGGGGCAUGAAGCUUCCGGGACUGUCAUCAAAGUGGGAUCAGGAGUAACUCAUCUGAAACCAGGUGAUCGAGUGGCCAUCGAGCCGGGCGUCCCGAGAGAAACAGACGAGUUCUGCAAAACUGGCCGCUAUAACCUGUCUCCAACCAUCUUCUUCUGUGCGACGCCUCCUGACGAUGGGAACUUGUGCCGCUACUACAAGCACAGUGCCAGUUACUGCUACAAGCUUCCAGAUAAUGUCACCUUUGAAGAAGGGGCCCUUAUUGAGCCCCUUUCGGUGGGAAUCCAUGCCUGCAAAAGAGCGGGAGUCACUCUGGGAAGCAAAGUCUUCGUGUGUGGCUCUGGACCAAUUGGCCUUGUUAAUGUGAUUGUUGCCAAGAUGAUGGGUGCAGCAACUGUGGUAGUUACAGAUUUAUCUGCCUCUCGCCUGCAAAAAGCCAAGGAGGUGGGGGCAGAUUUCACCAUUCAGGUAAAGAACGAGACCCCGCAGGAGGUGGCCUCCAAAGUGGAAAGUCUGCUUGGCUGCAUGCCUGAGAUAACUGUGGAGUGCACAGGAGUGCAAGCCUGCAUCCAGGCUGGCAUUUACGCCACUCGUUCUGGUGGGACCCUGGUGCUGGUUGGGCUGGGGCCUGAGAUGGUGACCGUGCCCAUCGUGAAUGCUGCUGUGCGGGAGGUGGAUAUCCGGGGGAUAUUCCGCUACUGCAACACGUGGCCUGUGGCAAUUGCCUUGCUGGCAUCCAAGCGGAUCAAUGUCAAGCCCUUGGUUACACACCGCUUCCCCCUGGAAAAGGCUCUUGAGGCAUUUGAGGCCACGAAGAGGGGUGAGGGGGUAAAAGUUAUGCUGAAGUGCGACCCCACUGACCACAACCCCUGAUAUGCCGUGGUGCCCGGCCCUCUCCCCAUCACACCGCCUGCCUGAGAUGCGAAGCAUGAAGCCACGGGAGGCUGAUGUAUGGCUGAUGCAUGUUUACACAGUCACCUUAUGCAGGCAGUGCUUUGUAAUAGAGCUAAAAAAUCAAGUGGUAAUGAGGGUGGAUGGCACUGGGGGGUACGUGAUUUGAGUAUUAGCAGGCACAUACAAAUGGAGAACCAAUAGGAACUAGUUUGAAUCAAAACACUGCUCUUCGAUUAGAUGGGUCACACAGACGGCUCUUCUCCAGCAGACCACACAUGUGGAUGAGCCUGGGUCUCUCUGCAUGAGCCAUACACAGCCUCCUGCGUGGCCACAGGUUUGUCUGCACAGACAGACUGUGGGAGGCUGUCACCAGCCACACGGGUGAAGCGAGGACCGAGGUGCUUGCCGCAGCUCUUCCCACGUGGCAAUCCCUGGGCAUGGGAUGGCCUGCCUUGCAGUUGCACAUUCCCUCAGGGAUGCUCAGGGACUGUAACAGCCUAUGGAACAAAACCCAGCCAGCCUGUCUUGGCAGGGUGCAUCUGUACAGUCAGAUCGUUCUCCCCAUGCUCUUUACAAACAGCAAACUGCAGGCCCCAAAAGCCCAGGGCUUGUUUAAGGAGAAGCUAGGCUGGAGGCCAGCUGGGAUCAUAUCUGCUGUGUAGUCCUCCCCCAGCAGCUCCCUGUGGGGCAGAAAGGACCGCUACAGAGCGGGCUGGAGUGUUUGCAAGGACCCUGCCCUGUCUUUGGCUUGGACACCAGAUCCUGGUCCUUACAUGGCUCCCAAGGAAGGGCUGCUGGUGGGGGCCACAGCUUGCUUUUAGCAUGGGGGGGGACAUAGUAGGAGCACAGCAUCACUCAAAGGUUUUACCACUAUGAAGGAAUUGUAACUCCUCGGGUGUAUCAGUCCUUCCUGCUGAGUUAGUGAGCCAUGAACGAGGUACUAAGCGAGGGGACAGGUUGCAGAUAAAAUAUAAUCUUAGAUUACAGUCAUGCUAAUUUUAAUACUAGGAGAUCAAUCUGAGAUCCCUUUCUUGGGCCGGUACUGGACUUUCCACAAUAAAUGCUACCUACCUGG